GUGGACAACGUAAAUAACGUGAACAUCGUGAAGAUCGUGAACUAUCGAGAAUUGUGUGUACUUAUAGAAGCAAAUGCGAUGGCAGCUGGUCAGAAGCAGUAUGGACUUCUUGCUCCAAAGAAGCUAAACCAAGGACCACUCCAGCCACGACUAGCAGUAUUUGGUGAUGACAGUGAUUCAGACAAUGAAGAUGGCACAGAUUGGGUUAAGAGAACACUCAAGCGAGAGUUUGAAAAAGGUGUACAAAAGAAGCAAACCAAACUUGAAAUGCAGCGGGCACUUGAGCAAGAUCCUACAGUCUACCAGUAUGAUGAAAUUUAUGAAAAGAUGGAAGAAAAAAAAACAGACACAAAAGCAACAAAGAAAGAUCAAGAAAAGAAGUCACGUUAUAUCCAGUCACUAAUGAAACAAGCUGAACGUAGGAAAAGGGAACAAGAACGGCGAAUAGAACGUGAAGUGCAGAAAGAACGUGAAGCAGAGGGGGAGGAAUUUAAGGAUAAACAAGAAUUUAUCACCUCAGCAUAUCGUGAAAAGCUUGAGGAAUUCAAGAAAAUGGAUGAGGAAGAAAGACGUCAGGAUCAGAUUGAUGCUCUGAAUGAUGUGUCCAAACAGAAAGACCUAACCAGUUUCUACCGUAACUUAUAUAAACAAGCAGUGGGAGAGGAAGACUCGAAGGACAGCAUCAAAAUCAAACAAGACAAAAUGGCCAAAGACAGACCUGCAGUAAAAGACAAUUCAGAAACUGUUGGCACAUCAAAAUCAGAUGACAAAGAUCAGACUGACAGAAAAACAUCAAGACAGUAUCGCAAGCGAAAGAAUUCAUCAGAAUCAGAAAAAGAUGAAAAUGAAGGGGCAUCACAUAAAACAAAUAUUGAUGCAGACUCAGAUUUCACUGGACACAGCUCUGGCAGCGAUAGUGGUGACAGUGAAGGAAGUACAAAUAAAAGGAAGAAAGUAGAGAAGAAAAAUACAGUAGAAAAAGAACACAAGGCUGAAAUUUUCACAUCAGGUUCAGAAGAGGGAGAAAUCAGAGAAGCAAAUCUUGCCAAAAGAGAUUCAAAGAGGAAUAAUAAUUCGGAAUUAAUAAAGGAAAAUGCAAGUGAAGGUGGUAAGAAGGUUAAGGUUAAAAGCGAUGAAUCAGAAAUAAAAGAAGAAGAAAAAGAUUUACGAAUUAUGGAAGAAAAAGAUACAGAUAAAGGAAAUACUAAUGCUAAACCUGAACCUCCAAAACGUUCCAUUUGGGAGAAACGAACAGUAGGACCUGUGUUUGAAGCAGCUCUUGCAAGGUACUUUGCCAGGAAAGCUGCAAAAUCUGUAUGUUGAGACUGAAAGGCAACUUUGUUUAUUCUCUUUGCAAAGUACUUACCUAGAAAUAUGCAGUGUCCACCAUAAAAAACUCAUAUUUUAUUUUAGUAGUGAAAUAUUUGUCAUAUGUGACCUUCUGUAACUACUGUAACUAUUUCUACCUCUUCACUGACAAAUGAUACAGUGUGAACAUUUGUCAGAUCUGAUGGAAUAGCUGUAGUUGGUAACUUGUUUUAAUAUUUGUUUACUUUCCCAUUAUAUCAAAUACAAAUUACUUUACAUUAAUUUUACAUUAGCUGUAAUAUGUAAUAGUUCCAAAUCACAUACAGUUGUAUACAUGUAAAUAAAACUAUGUAAUAUUCAGAACUUCA